AUUCUUGUCCAAGAUGGCAGCAUCCAAUAGGGAUCAGCGCCUGCGCGUUAACAGUCUUCUACACUUCCGCUUCCCUGUUUUACCCGGAGUUUUUAGGAGGAAGCACGCUUCCUGAAGGUGGCAGGCUUGUACGGCAGUAAAAAUGGAAAAGUGAGGCAUACAGAGGUCCACACACUGAGUCGGCGCUUGGAGAUGUCGUCCUCCCUUUCCAGCUAUGCUUUGCGGAUGGCGCGUCUCAGCGCCCGGAUCUUCGGAGAAGUCGUUCGGCCAACGGAUGCGUCCUCAAUGAAAGUGGUGAAGCUGAUGAGCGAACCACCAUACGCAAAACGGAAGGAGGUUUACGACUGGUACCCUCCCCACAACGAGUACCAUGGCCUCAUGAAGAAGCUGCGCUACUAUGGGCUCUACAGAGAUGAACAUGAAGAUUUCAAAGAAGAAAUGAAACGUCUGAAGAAGCUCCGUGGAAAAGGACCUCCCAAGAAAGGAGAAGGAAAGAGAGCUAUGAAAAAGAAAUAGCAUUGCAGUGUCACUGGUGUUUUAUUUAAUAAAAUCUCUUGGACUUAA